GAUCGUUGAAGGCCUCUCACUAUUUGUUUGCAAAACAAGAGUUUGAUGGUUUUUGUCUGAUUGUUCUCUUCAAUCCACCGGUUGCCGCCACUACGGACAAAAUCUGGCUCCGCCGCCGAUCAACACACAGCGAGCCAGUGAAAGCUUGUCGUCUGUUACUGCAGGUUGUGGUUUGCAUCCGUGGGAGGGAGAGAGUGAGAGAGAAUGGUAUCGUCGUCAGCAUCGGACAGAGAUAGUAGCGGAUGGUGGAGGAUGAGGAGGGUGGUGCUAGGGAUAGGGUUCUGCGUGCAGGGAUUGAGGUGCUUGCCAUGGAUGGGAGUGAAUUUCUUCCUCAAAGACGGACUCAAGGUGGAACCCUCCACACUCCAGCUCCUCCAGAACUCCGCUAAUCUCCCCAUGAUUUCCAAGCCCUUUAUCGGCCUUCUCUCUGAUUCCAUCUACAUCUCUGGCCAGCACCGCAUCCCCUACAUCGCCAUCGGUGCUUUCGUACAAGCAGUGUCAUGGCUUGCAACUGCAUCUCUUUCUCUGUCAAAUAUCUCAUUCUUCACAAUGACCUUAUAUCUCCUCCUUGGGAACCUUGGUGCUUCAGUAGUUGAGGUAGCAAAUGAUGCCAUUGUUGCAGAGAUCGGAAAACAACCUACUUCGUCUUCAAAUAACUCGGAAUCAUCUCCCUCAGGUGAGCUCCAGUCAUUCGUUUGGAUGGCCUCCUCAAUUGGUGGAGUCCUGGGAAACCUUCUAGGCGGUGUUGCCAUAGGCCGUUUCUCCCCACAGGCAAUAUUUCUUUUGUUUGGCAUUCUUCUCACUGUCCAAUUUUUCAUUACAAUAUUCAUCCACGAAAACUCCCUUGACCUCCCCAAGAGUUCAUCCAAGUUGGGCAUCAGAGAGCAACUUUCAGAGCUCCUAGUUGCAUUAAAAAACCCUGAGAUCUCCCUUUCUAUAACUUGGUUUGCCGCAUCUUAUGCCAUAAUUCCAGCUCUAACAGGCACAAUGUUCUAUUAUCAAACACAAUACUUAAAGAUUGAAUCAUCAAUGUUGGGGAUAUCUAAGGUGUUGGGACAGGUGGCAAUGCUUCUAUGGGGUGUCACUUAUAAUCGACACUUGAAGUCAAUUCCCCCAAGGAAACUAAUCUCAGCCAUUCAGGCCAUUAUUGCCAUUUUCAUUAUCUCAGAUGUUUUGUUUGUGAAAGGCGUAUAUCGCAAGCUGGGGGUACCUGAUUCACUAUAUGUUGUGGUUUUCUCAGGCUUUCUAGAGGUUUUGUACUUCUUUAAGAUUCUACCUUUCAGUGUUCUAAUGGCACAGCUCUGCCCACCAGGAUGCGAGGGUUCUGUAAUGGCAUUUCUUAUGUCUGCUAUUGCUCUUGCAUUUAUACUGAGUGGAUACCUUGGCGUUGCGCUUGCAUCAUAUGUUGGGGUGACAGGGAAUGAUUUCUCAGGCUUGCAAUGCGGCCUUCUAAUACAGGCGGCAUGCACAGUUUUGCCACUUUUUUGGUCAUCAUGUAUCCCAGAUGAUGUGGAACUCAGAAGCAAGAAGAAAGAAAACUAAGCACUAGCAGCAGUGUUAUUGUUGACAGUGGUGCAGUCGUACUUCAGAAAAGAGAGGGAUGUAAUUUGGCUCGCAAUUUUAUUUCAAAUUCUUUCUAGAAAACCUGCGGUAUAUUCCUGCUCUUAAAGCUAUCUAGGAGGGGUGUGAUUGAAGUUUUAUAUGCAUUUUUCGAAGUAGGGUAAUUAUACGUUGUACUAUUGAUAUAUAAAACUUUAUUUGUUUUCGUCAAAUAAAUUUGUAUUCUUUCAGCAGAGUUGAGAUGCAGCCUUUGCAAACAUCUCGGG